AUGGAGACUCCCAGUUUCCUAAAACAAUCUCCACCACCUGGUUACAUCGCUGGUAUAGGUCGUGGAGCGGUUGGCUUUUCCACCAGAGGAAGUAAAGAUGAUAAAAGAGUUCCUGCUAGAUUGAAUAGAUAUGGGCGAGAUGCACCAGAUACUUCUGUAACAAAGAAUCCAAAUAGAUACAGAUCAGCAGUUUCGAAUGAAUCAUCGGAGAAACAGGUUAAAGAUGAAGACGAACAAGAGAUGAGAGUGUACGAAAAGAUCGAACAGCGACUUAAGAAUAAAAAAAUUAUCGACAAUGAAACAAGCCUAAAGACGAAGCCAGAUGAUGAACCAGACAAGCUAUCUUCUAAAUUUGUAGAUUUGAAGCGUAAUUUAGCAACUCUUUCUGAGCAAGACUGGCUGGAUAUCCCUGACGCAUCUGAUAUGACCAGACGAAACAAAAGGAAUCGAAUAGAGGAACAACUUGAAAGGAAAACAUUCGCUGCUCCUGACACUUUGUUCCAGGUUAAUGUCAACUUAUCCAAGUUAACUGAAGAGAGGGAAAAGUUACUUGCUGUCCAGAUAGAUAAGAGUUUUGAUUACAGCAAAAGUCAACUUACGGAUGAUGCUGAAUACUUGAAUAGAAUGAACCAAGAUGACAACACUAUUUCAUCUACGGAUUUGGAAGACAUUAGGAAAAACAGAUCCCUAUUAGCCGCGUAUCGUAAAUCCCAUCCAAGAAAUCCAGAAAACUGGAUUUCUUCAGCAAGAAUCGAAGAAAGAGCCAAUCAGUUCAAUCGAGCCAAAAGUUUGCUAGCGGAAGGUUGUAAACUGUGCCCUAAAAGUGAAGCUAUCUGGUUAGAAUCGAUACGCAUGAACGCAUCCGAUAAAGAAUAUUGCAAGAGGUUGGUUACAGUUGCCUUAAGGCUCAACGAGUUUAGUGAGCAGUUGUGGUUGAAGGCAAUCGCCCUCGAACAACACAAUACUGAUAAAAUUAAAGUCACUCGAAAGGCUCUAAUUAAACUACCACUAAGCUCUAUAUUAUGGGAAGUGGCGGUAAAUCUUGAAACUUCCACUCUUGAAAAGCUGAAAAUUUUGAAGAAAGCAGUUGAAUUAGUGCCGAAGGAUUCGCAGUUAUGGUUGAAGUUGAUAAGGUUACAAUCAGUCGAAUCUGCAGUGGACACCUUGAAAUCUGCUGAAGAACAUAUUAAAAAAGACAUCACAUACUGGCUUCUCAAAUGUCAACUCGAAGAAAAAAGAACGACCGCAAAUCUCGAUACGUUGGUAAAUAUCAUUUCUAGCGCAAUAAAGGAUCUUCAUGAACUGGAAGUUAAUCCAACUAUUACUGAGUGGUUCGAAAAUGCAGUCGCUAUAUCAACAGAAGGAUUGUAUCCAUUAACAGCGAAAGCAAUCAUCACAGCUACCAUCAAUAACUUAUUUGAAGACGCAUCCUCAAAUUUCCAAAGUCUCUCGAAGCUGUUGGUAAACGACACCACACUUCAGUGUACCUUGUUUUCCUCCUUCCUAAUCAAAUAUCCAACAAAGUACUCUAUUUGGAAGGAGUUCACCAAUUUCGCCGAAGACUUUUCGCGGAAAUUAGAGCUACACGAAACAUUCAGGAAGAUCCUCUUUACAGAUUCUCAAGCGGUAAAGAAAUACCCUGUCUUGGUUUUAAUGUAUGCGAAAGACGUUUGGGAUUGGGGUUCUGGUUCCACUGAAGCGUUGUCGAUUUUAGAUAAAGCUCUGGUGACAAAUUCGGCGUAUCCUGAGUUUUGGUUGGCUAAACUCAAAAUUUUGAACAGAGAUGGCAAAUUGGAUGAGAUUAUAAAUUCCUUUGAAGAAGCCGAAUCACACUUGGUAGAAUGCAUUGAUAAAUUAGUUCCUUUUUACGUUAAGUGUUUGCAAUCUAAAGGCAGUUUGGAAAUAGCUCAUUCUACUGUUGAUAUAGCUUUGGCACGUGAACCAAACGACAAACAUUUACUAAUCUUGAAAGCACAGCUAUACAGGCAACAAAGGGACCUUUCAUCAGCGAAGCGUGUGCUACAGAGGGCUACGGAUAUUUCUAAUCAUGAUCCAGAAGUGUGCUUGGAGUUCUCCAGACUGGUAAUGGAAACACAAGAUUGGGGCAAAGCGCGUUCAAUACUCAGCGUUUCUCUACUAAAGAAUCCAAAAUCCGAUACACUCUACGAGGCUCUCAUUACAUUGGAACUGCAAGUGAAAGAUAACAAACAAGUAACGUACCUCAUCGCUCAGGGUCUCAAAGCGUGUCCACACAGCUGGAGGCUCUGGUGUCUAAACAUCAGAACCCUUCCUAAAAAAUCACUACGUAAAACCACAUUCCAAGAUGCUCUCGAAGCUACAAAAGAGCAUCCAAUGGUGAUAACUGAGAUCGGAAAAGUGUUCCAAAAGGAACACCAAUACGCGAAGGCAUAUAAAUGGUUCAUAAGAGCCUCGGAAAAUAAUCUUCAAUUUGGGGACCCAUGGGUAUGGCUCUACAUCUGCGAGUCGUGCAUGAAUCCAGUUGAUUUGCAAAUAAAUGAAGAAAAAACGUUAAAGAAAUUGAAAGAAAAUGAACCCAGGUACGGUAUACUAUGGGAGCCCGCAGUAAACUCAUACCUACACAUAUCAAACUCUCCGAUUGAUAUUUUGCACAGCAUUAUCAACAAUUUACACCAAUAA